AUGGCCAUGGCGCAAGUACAAUUCGUCGCGCGCGAGCGGCCACGGCAAGAAAUGCAGGAGAAGACUCGGCCGCGGGAGGUGUUUUUCUCGGCUGCGCGAGUGAAGGACAGGCCAUACUCGGUGUACACCGAGUUCAUGGAGUCCGAUACCGAGAUCGAGCAUGGCGACGAUCAGGAGGACUCGGAUGUAUACAGCGAAUUUGGCGAUCUGGAAGGGAUUGAAGAUGGCGAGUGCUCUCCGCGCAUCAGUAUCGGCUCGUCCGGGCAACCCAGCUUCACGACGCUGUCGACGUACGACGAAGUUCAGACGCCGAGGUCACUGCGGCACCGCCCAUUUCCUUUCGAGCCGGAGUCGAAGCAGCAGAUCGAGGGCCCGCGGGGGCCUCAUCUAUUCCGGAGCUCUCUGGCGUCGGAGCAAUCGAUUGAACUCCAGCAUGCGCUCUCUCUCUCCCCAAUCACACCAAAGGAGCCGCAUAUGAUGGACUUCCAUCUGCAGAAUGUCCAUCUCACUAACCUACCGAAGAAGAGGCGCAACACGGGGCCCUUUCAGUUCACCGACGAGGAAUUGGACACAUCGGACCUGCCCAGCUGGACCCCGGAGAAGGUUGCCCAACAGAUGCUCAAUGCCGGCGUUGAGCUCAGCGCUGCAGAAAGGUUUGUGGAAAACGACAUCAACGGCGCUAUCCUGGUCACUCUGAAGUUUGAGGAUCUGAAGGAGCUCGGCAUCCCUUCAUUCGGGGUAAGGACUGCAAUCUGGGACGAGAUCCACAAGAUGAGGAAUCUCAAGAAGCCCGAGCCGAUGCCAGAGACGCCCAUCGAGGACGAGCCGGAUAAGGCAGUGAAGCGGGAGUUGCGAAGGCAAGAGAGCAAUGCGAGUGGCCGGAAGCAGAAGCCACGGCUCAAGGUCAACGAUGUGAUCUCGCCACUUGAGUCGGUGUCCAUCGUCGGCAUAGAGCAGGUUUUGCCUAAGCCUCACCACUGCUCAAAGGGCGAGAACUGCCCCAAGUGGAAACGGAACAAGAAGUUGAUGGAGCAAUUUAAGAAGGAGCAUCCCUUUAUCAACGACAACGGUAUCAUUAUGAUCGCCGGGGACCCAGGCAACCCGGAGACCGCCGAGGCCAUUGUGCCCAGCGACGAGAUGUUCCGUCCGGUCUCCGACGCCGUCCCGUCUGUCGUGGCUUCUUCGGAUGUCAUGGGCCCAGGCAACCUCCCGCCGCUCCAGUAUCUCCAAGAAGCCACCCUGCGCAGCAUCCAGGCCAGAGACCCUCAAGAGAAUGUGCGGCAGUUCCUCGACUUUCAACGGCCGCAUCUCAAUGCAUCCAGCGAGGUGCCUCCAACCCCGCCGUUUGAGAUCUCGCCGCGGGGCAGCCAGAAGGCACCCCAUUCAGGGCUCCGGAGUCUUCCGAAGCUGUCUAUCCCAUCGCAGCCGGCGGUUGCUCCUCCUAGGCGGGAGCCGCAGUCAGCUCAGGCCCGGUCUGCUCGCCCGGUAUCGAAGGUCAUCCCCUCGUUCCGGGAGAUGAGUCCCUCAUCCGAUGAGGCCACCCCGACCCCGACUGCGCCGUACCGAUUCGGAACUCCAUUCUCAGAGAUGGACAUCCCGGUUACCGUGACGGAGAUCCCGGCUCCCUCACGAGACUUCUCGCAGUCCGUCCCACCGGACAUGAACUACCGGCACAACCCGGCACCUCCUCGCUCCAUGUCCCGCAAUACCAUCCGGAGGCCUUCCUUCCCGGUCAUGCCCGCACUGGACGAGAACUCGAUCCUGUCUCCAGGUACACAAUCCUCCAACCGCUCCUUUUCCAACAGAGUCGGCCAGCGGCCCCUUCAACCACCGCCGCGGAUACAGUAUCCCUGGACCCAGACGCAGCGUCCGACUCUCGAGAAGGCUGUUCCGCCUGCACUAGGCACAGCCGCGGGUACUACCGACGCGGCCGCCAACGGUGGAGUCAAGACGGUCAACAUCGGCGGCCGCCUCUCGCCCAUUAGCGACAAGCCCCAGUUUGUUGACAUGACAGGCGGCAACGCCAUCUCGUACCAGGGCCUGAUGCGCAAGCGCAAGACCAAGAUGCUGCGCCACGAGUGGCACGAGCACUUCUUCAAGCUGCGCGGCACGCGCCUGACGAUGCACAAGGACGCGGCGGCCGCCAACAUGAACAAGACGCUCGAGUACAUCGACAUCGACGACUACGCCAUCGCGUGCAGCGGCAUGGCGAGCGGGUCCAAGCUCAACGCCGCCUUCAAGGCCAUGCAUAUCCGCCGCGGCAGCGACGACGCCAAGAGCAAGGACGUCGCCGCCUUCAGCUUCCAGCUGAUCCCCCAGGACGGCGUCAAGGGCGGCGUCAAGCUUAAAAAGAGGGAGAGCGCGCUGCCGGGGGGUCUUGCGGGCGGCGCCGGCAUGAAUGGGAGUAAUGCGAGCCUGGCGGCGCCGGCGAUCGACGGCGCGGUCAAUGGCACGGGCAAGACGCACCAUUUCGCGGUCAAGAGCCGUGACGAGCGGAUUGACUGGAUGCGGGAGCUGAUGCUAGCUAAGGCGAGGAAGCAGAAGGGCGAGGGCUUUGAGGUCAGCGUCAACGGGAAUAUGAUUUGA